AUGUCAGAAUCGGCGCAACAACUGCAACAACAACAACAGCUGUCGCUGAAGAUUAAGUGUUUGAAAUUGAAAAGAAUCAAUGAACUCAAUAAUAAAUUAAGAAAUGAGCUCUCUCGGGAAAGAAUAACUGCAUCCAAUGCUUGCCUUACUUUGGUCGACUAUGCAUCCACUGAAAAGGAUUUUGUGCUCCCGGAUAUUUGGGGUUAUCCAAAGCCAGGUUCCAAUCAAUUCAGAGAUCACUUACAAAGAACGUUGAAGAAUUCAGCAAAUAAUAACAUGGGUAAUGGCAACUCGAAUGGUUGCUGCAUCGUCAUGUAA